AUACUCUUUUGGAAAAUAUGAGGCCUAUGAUAGAUGAAGAUAAAAUUAUAAAGGACCUGAUUAAAGACGCAGAGAAAAUGGAGUUAGAAUCAACGAAAAAAGAAUUGAAAAAUGGCAAUAUUCCAAAAAAUAUAGUAGAAUCACGACUUAAAGUAGUUUUAUGGAUAAUAGAUCAUAUUAAUAAAGAAAAGACAAAAAUUGAUAAAAAGAAAAGUAUUGAGGAAAUUGAAGAAAAGAAAAGUAUUGAGGAAAUUGAAGAAAAGAAAAGUAUUGAGGAAAUUGAAGAAAAAAAAA